AUGGGAGUAUUAGAAUCAGGUUAUAUUCCCGGUGGCUUAUACUAUAGAAGUACUUGGUAUACCAAGAGUCAAUUACGUCUCCGUUAUAAUAUAUAUUUCAUAGGUAAUUUAACUGCAUCUGCAACAGGUUCCUUAAUUGCUGCUGGUAUAUUGAAAAAUAUAGCUGGAUCAUAUGGAUUGCUGGGGUGGAAAUGGAUUUUUAUUAUCGAAGGUGUAAUUGAAUUAGGCUAUGGCCUAAUAUCUGCUUCAUUAAUUCCAGAUUCUGCGCUCGAUCCAAGGCCUUUCUGGAAAGGCUUUAGGAUGUUUAAUGAAAGGGAAUCAAAAUUUAUAAGAGGAAGAGUUUUAUUAGACGACCCUGAAAAAAUAUCGAGCUCCGAGAAUAUUUCAUUAACCGCCCUUAAAGAUGCUUUGCUGCAAUGGCGUAUCUGGCUUCAUUUUAUUUUCACAUUCUCAUUUAUGCAAAACACUCAAGCAUUAUCUAUAUAUGUGCCUUCAAUAGUUCAAAGUUUAGGUUAUUCUAAUGUUGCUGCAAACGCGAUGAGUUCAAUAGGUAGUUGGUGUGCAACAGUCAUGUUAGUACUUUUGACAUUAUUAAGUUAUUAUAUUAAUAUUGAAUCCAUUUCAAUAGGUUUUGUCACGCUUUGGCAAAUGGUUUUUACUGUAGCGUUAUUUUCUAUAUCUAUCUCAGAUAGAAACAAUUUAAAGUUUGCACUUUUAACAUGCUUAAUAACAAGUGGUUCAGUUGGUCAUGUUUUGAAUUGUUCUUGGACAAGUAACAACUUGUCAAAGCGGAAGCAUCGUAGCAUAGCCAUGGAAUUACUUGUCAUGGCUGCAAACAUGGCAGGAAUUUGUGCUGGUCAAGUAUUGAGAACGAAUGAUGCUCCGAAGUAUCAUAAUGCAUUUUUAGCCUUAUCUGUGGUCAGCAUAUUUUCUUUGCUAGUAGUAGCUUGCAUAACUGUUCAAUAUAUUUUGAAUAACCGUAAGUUAGAGUAG